AUGGAUGAGGAGGAGGCGGCGUCGCCUGGGUGGCUUGUGACACAGCUGCAGCGGGCGCUGCAGCUGUUGACACAGCUGCAGCAGGCGCGGGCGCUGCAGCUGUUGACACAGCUGCAGCAGGCGCGGGCGUUGCAGUUGUUGACAGUAGGUCCAGUCACCACCGUCAACCAAGACUCAACAAGACUCACCACCGUCAACCAAGACUCAACAAGACUCACCACCGUUAACCAAGUCACCACCGUCAACCAAGACUCAUCACCGUCAACCAAGACUCAUCAAGACUCACCACCGUUAACCAAGAGUCACCACCGUCAACCAAGACUCAUCACCGUCAACCAAGACUCAUCAAGACUCACCACCGUCGACCAAGACUCACCACCGUCAACCAAGACUCACCACCGUCGACCAAGACUCACCACCGUCAACCAAGACUCAUCACCGUCGACCAAGACUCAACAAGACUCACCAACGUCAACCAAGACUCACCACCGUCGACCAAGACUCACCACCGUCAACCAAGACUCACCACCGUCGACCAAGACUCAACAAGACUCACAACCGUCAACCAAGACUCACCACCGUCAACCAAGACUCAUCAAGACUCACCACCGUCAACCAAGACUCAACAAGACUCACCACCGUCAACCAAGACUCACCACCGUCAACCAAGACUCAUCACCGUCAACCAAGACUCACCACCGUCGACCAAGACUCAUCACCGUCAACCAAGACUCACAACCGUCAACCAAGACCCACAACCGUCAACCAAGACUCAACAAGACUCAACACCGUCAACCAAGACUCAUCACCGUCAACCAAGACUCAUCACCGUCAACCAAGACUCAUCAAGACUCACCACCGUCAACCAAGACUCACCACCGUCAACCAAGACUCAUCAAGACUCACCACCGUCAACCAAGACUCAUCAAGACUCACCACCGUCAACCAAGACUCAACAAGACUCACCACCGUCGACCAAGACUCACCACCGUCGACCAACACUCAACAAGACUCAUCCCAUCGACCAAGACUCAACAAGACUCUCCACCGUCGACCAAGACUCAUCACCGUCAACCAAGGCUCAUCACCGUCAACCAAGACUCACCACCGUCAACCAAGGCUCAUCACCGUCAACCAAGACUCACCACCGUCGACCAAGACUCACCACCGUCGACCAAGACUCAACACGGUCGACCAAGACUCACCACCGUCAACCAAGACUCAUCACCGUCAACCAAGACUCACCACCGUCGACCAAGACUCAUCACCGUCGACCAAGACUCUUCACCGUCGACCAAGACUCAUCACCGUCAACCAAGACUCACCACCGUCGACCAAGACUCAUCGCCGUCGACCAAGACUCACCACCGUCGACCAAGACUCACCACCGUCAACCAAGACUCACCACCUCAAGAGGAGAAACUAGCUAAUCAAGGGGUGAGACUGACUAGUCAAGAGGAGAAACUAGCUAAUCAAGGGGUGAGACUGACUAGUCAAGAGGAGAAACUAGCUAAUCAAGGGGUGAGACUGACUAGUCAAGAGGAGAAACUAGCUAAUCAAGGGGUGAGACUGACUAGUCAAGAGGAGAAACUAGCUAAUCAAGGGGUGAGACUGACUAGUCAAGAGGAGAAACUAGCUAAUCAAGGGGUGAGACUGACUAGUCAAGAGGAGAAACUAGCUAAUCAAGGGGUGAGACUGACUAGUCAAGAGGAGAAACUAGCUAAUCAAGGGGUGAGACUGACUAGUCAAGAGGAGAAACUAGCUAAUCAAGGGGUGAGACUGACUAGUCAAGAGGAGAAACUAGCUAAUCAAGGGGGUGAGACUGACUAG